UAAAAAACAUGCUUGCUAAUAAUCUGUCAGUAAGAGAAGCUGUGAGCUUGUAAUGUAAACUAAAGACUGUAAGAGGCGGAGCCGUUUUCAUUCGUAACUACUAACAUACAAUUACAUAGCUUUGUAACGUUCUUGCGAGUUUCUUAUCUUCGAUUUUUGUGUUUCUUAUCUUCGACGAAAUGCCUAAUACUCCGAGGCGUUCAGCAGCUAAACCGGCUCUGCAGAUGCGGCGGAAUCUCGAGAGAUCCUGGGAAAAGGACCUUAAAUGGGAGUUGAUUCCCGACAGACUAAAACAAGGUUGUUUUAAGCUUGGAAAUGCACUGAGCUUGCCACCACUUUCAAUUCUAUGUGGUCUGAUGAUGCUCACCAGUUUUGCAAUGAGCCACUCCUCUGUCCAUGUAUCAGAAACUGGCUGGUACGAGCCUGUCAUAUUGUGGCUUGUCGUUGUCAUGCCAAGCGGUUGCGGGAAGUCCACGCUUUACAAGUUUUUGAAGAAAGCUGUAGAGAAAACUCGCGCCAAACUGCAGCUGAAGGAUGAUGCCCCUGCAUGGUCUGCGGAAGAAGCAAGUAUGGAAAAAAUGGGGGCCAUGAUGAGUGAAAAUGGCUGUAAAAUGCUAGGUCUUUACGACGAGUUCACACACUUUUUGACACAAAUUAACGUGUACAAAGGAAAAUCCCUUACAGACUCUCAAGACCUGGCCAUGCUAUUGCAGCUGCAUAAUGGACUAUCUUGGUCACGAAAAACUGUUUCCCGUGAAUGCAACUUCACAAUGCCUCUCACAAGCUUCACCAUUGGGGGCUUCACGCAGCCAAUGACUGCAUCAAGUAUUCAGUGCCAGAGUGGGAGUGCUGAAAAAGGGCUAUCUACACGUUUUCUUUGGAUUUCUCCAGAGCCUGUAUUUAAAUCACUUGACGAUCUAGGUGAAGUAGAUCACGAAUUCUUCGAGGAUUACGUAUCACUCCUUUCUAACCUGAUUCAAGGCAGGAGAAACUUCGACCAGCAAARUCGUAAAAUCUUGGAAUUAAAUAAAGAAAAAUGUCCUUCAUACUGCCGAGUUUUUAACGAAAUACAAAAAAAGUUGAAGAAUAUUGCUGGAUAUGAUGACAUGAUUACAGGAAUGUUAAGCAAAUCAAAGGGUCAAAUAUUACGAGUUGCAGGCGUAUUCUCGGUACUCUUUGAAAUCGGACUGGAGAAUGUCACAGAAGAAAUCACAGAUGUGGCCUUGGCUGCAGCCAUAAACUUCGUCGAGUUGUCAUGCGACCAUGCCUUKUUCUUGGCUUCAAGAAGUUCGCUUAAAGAUGAAAUAGAGAGUGUGCUUCUGGAAGCUACAUCAGCUAUCCCGCUUGACGAGGAAGAACAACAGCCGUCAGCUGCAGUAAAAAACCUUAAGAGCCAUAUCUUAUUGUUGCCAGGGAAACGAUUGUUCCUCAGUCCUCUGCUUAAGAAGAAAAAAUUUCGUGGAUAUGCCGAAAAAGAUGGAGUUCUAAGAGAUAUGGAGGAACUUGAACAGCUGGGACUUGGAAGAUUGGAGAGUGAAAAGAAACCAGGGAAAUACAUGAAAUAUACAUUCUACAAGUGUGAAAUCCCAGAAGGCGAAGAAGAAAAAAUUGCAUUUACUUGUAAAUUGACGGAAGUAGGAGUGUCAAUUCGUCAAUAUCGCCAGUCUUUGGAUGAGCCGGAAAUCCUUGACACUCAAAUUACAGGCACGAAAAGAGCCGCGCCAGUGACAGACGAAGAUGGUCCAUCUGGGSUAAGAACUAGCCCCAGAAAGUCUCCUAGGAAGAACAAGGCUUGACUUUUCCGUCGCAACACGUGUAUAAUUUACUUUUUUUGAACCGCAUUUUUAAUGGUUUUACUGCAAUCUUGGAUUAAUUACUUUUUUGGCACAAAUUGUCAUACGUUAUAUAUAAAGUUUUAGAUCAAAAUGACUGACAGUUUCAACACAUGAUUGCAGGAAACCAAAGAUCGAUAUAUAGCUACGUAUCAGAUUUUUCAUUACUAUUACAAGUGCUUUCRUAGUUUUAAAGAUAGCAAAAUAUUGAUAAACAAUACGCCACGUGCGGUUUGGUUGUUUUUAAUCAGUAGAGCAUAAUGAUUUUUUAAAAUAUUUUUCAUUAUCACUUUUCUGCCGUUAUUUGAAUUAAUGGAAACCGUCGACACACRGGUUUUAUUUGUCUACCUGUUUGUUUUUGAUUUCGCUUGUUGUUGUUUUUGCACAUUUCAUGGCAUAUGAAAGUUCAUUAAGAAAUUAAUUUCAUCAUGGCCCAUCAUGCUUUGCUUAAUUGCUUUUCAUUCCUCUUUCUCUAGAAUAACGUUUGUGAUACUUUGUAGAUUCAUAUAUCACUAAAACGAGUGGUAAAUGUCAUGAACACAGUGUUACAGUUCAAAACUAAAUAAAGAUUUGAUACAACUUAAUAAUACCCUGUUGUCUGUCAAAGUUCAACUGCAGUGUGUGUGUGGUCAUAUAGGAUUUACGGUUUAAAAGACUUUUUCGUGUGUUUAAUGGCCUGUGCUUGAAGCUCAGUUUACAGUGUUAAUUAAGAAUGGCUCUUUUAGGUCAGCAAGACUUUAUUGUAGUAGUUUUUAGGGGGGUUAGACUGCGAAGCGUAGGGGUUCUUAAACUUUGUUGCUAUAACGAAAAAUAUCUAUAAUUCGACAUGUAUGACAUUUUCCUGUUUUUUUUCCACUGGUUUUACAUUCUCCUGAUUUCGGUAAACUAUUUUGACUCUCGGACAAAGUUUCUGUGACAUUUUGUCCGGAAGUCGGUCCAGAGACAUGAAAAACCAAAGUGUCACGUCAAUUGYAUUCUAUUGCCGAGCGGCAAAGAAGCUUUGAAUUGUCAACUGAAAAUUAAAGGAAGACUAUCUGCACCUAGUAUAUUUUAUUAGACUGGAUUUACAUUCUACUGUGAUUUUGGUGAAUGAUAAUUUUGACUCACGGACAUAUAUUUUUCGUGACAGUCUGUCAGGGACCCGGACAUAGAAACUUCGAUUAAGCUGUUUAGGCCGAAGAGGCGAAACGUCGAUCUAAAUCAAACAGAGAUUAAGCUCCAAUUCAUUCUAUAUAUACUUUAAUAGUUUCUCAUGAUCAGUGGGGACCUACGAAUGAUUUUUGAUAAGAAUGUUUAAAAAUCUAUAUAAAUUAUUGAAUGUGUUUGAUAUUAUAUCAUACAACAACAAUGCGCGGGUACGUCGAUCACGUAAUGAGACCGCAUGAUCCCACAGAAUUAAGAAAAGCUCAAAUACUGUUGUAGAACAAAGAACCUUUCCUUGUGUUGACUUAAUCGUGUAAACCGCGAAAAGGGCUUUUUCAUUUUAAUACACAACUUAAGGAUGAUUUGCACGGCACGAUUGUCUCGUGCGAUUUGUAGUAUAAGACUUGAAUCGCGCAGUGUAU